AUGAUGGCACUAACCAGUGUCGGCUGGAGUGAGAUCUUCGCGGAGAAGGUCGUUCAAGCCAUCCUCAGCUGUGGCUACGAGCAGUUCUGCUUCCGGCCAAUCACUUCAGCACUCGUUCAGGAGCUUGCGCUCUUCUGUGCGUUUCUGUCGUGGUCGUUUGGCUUCUGGCUCUGGGAGCCACGGAAGACGGCGUGGACCGUAAUCUUUGCCAUCCUCGUCAAUGAGACCAUCACAAUGGUAUGGUGGAUGAGGGGUCACUUCUGCUACGGCUGGACUCUGAAGCAGUUCUUCCUUCAUCCCAUGGCUGGUUUCCGCAUCAUUCAGCUCUAUCUUCUCUGGUGGCUAUUAUGGAGGACGUUUUUCGGAUAUGACUUGGAUCACGCCUGGAAGCAUGAUGAAGAUAUGCAGGGCAACAAGCGGACCUUCGAGCGAAGCCUGCUCGGUGCGAACUUAUUGCUGCAGUGCUUCCUCUUCAUUUUCCUGGCGAAAGGUGCAUCUCCUAGACUGGAGUUCGGCCGGCAUCUCCUAGCAAUCCUCCACUCCUUUCUCCGGUUGGGGGUGAUCUUUGCAGUGCUGAUCCUCGUCUUUGCGAGCUUCACCUCGGCGUACAUCGUCAUGGGCUCCAAGCUUCCCUUGCGGGCUCUCAUCGAGAAAGUCUACCGGGGCCUUUUCCUUGCAGACGGUGAGGGUCUUGAUGUCAUGGAGGCAGGGUUCAUCGUCACCAUUUGCCUGCUGAACGUUUCCAUUGCGGUUUUCACCAUGGAGUACGAAGCAGCCAUCAAGGAGUCCUGGCUCCACUUCUGGCGCUGGCGAGCGCGCCUCUGCACUGAGGUCCUCCUUUGUCCGCGCUGGCCUUGGAAGUUUGAAGCAAAGUGGGGCCUUUGCCCAGAGCGGCGGCGCAUGGCCCAGUGGUUGGAGUGGGCGGCGCGGCUGAAAGAAGAGGUGAUGCCCUUCAUCCACGCAAGCCGGCUCUACCAAAGGACAUUCAACGUCUGCGGGUACCGAGUGAACUGGGAGCCUCUUUUGGAUGAGCCAGAACCAGAGGCAGAGGAUCACGAUGCAGAAUAUGUGAGGAUUGUGGGCUGGUUGACGUGCGCCGGCUUUCUGCUCUUGGGCUGCCUCCUCUUCUGUGCUGGGUUCCUGCAUGCCCUCUUCCCGGGUUUGGCCUUCGGCUUGGCCCUUACAGCAAUUCAGCUGCAACAGAGCAAAGUGUUCUCGCUGUGCAGCCUGGUGCAGAGCAAGGUACUGAAGUCAAUUUGCGCCAGAGGACCCUUUGGGCUCUCUACGUGCCAAAGGGAUUUCUCUUGUGAGGAUGAGGAUGACGAGGAGGACAGGCGGCAUUUGACAGACCGACCUCACUUCUUGUGGAUCUGCUACCGUGCGGACUACGAUGCGAACGUCUUCAUGAACAAGGAGGUGCACAAGGAGCACUUGGAUCAGCUUGAGUCCAGACUGAACUCCGUGUCGCAAAGCGUGGAGAAAUGGGGUGACGAGGUUCCGUGUUUAGGGUUUAGGGUUGUGGGGUUGUCAGAUUCCAACCUUACCUUACUGGGGGUUAGAACGGAAGAAGGAAAUAGAUAA